AUGGGGAAAGAGGAAUUGGGAUUAUGGGAGGUUGGAGCGCAGAGCAAAGGGAAAGAGGCACAGAGGGUUGGGGGCCUCGGCUUGACGGCUACUUGUGGAGGUUUGGAUACAGAAUUUGUUCCUAGUGUCCAAGACUUUGAUGAGAAACUUACAGAGGCUGAUGCUUACCUACAAAUCUUGACAGCACAGUUAAAGCUUUUUGAUGACAAACUUCAAAACUGCAAAGAUGAUGAACAGAGAAAGAAAGUUGAAACUCUCAAAGAGACAGUAAAUAGCAUGGUAGAAUCAAUUAAACACUGCAUUGUGUUGCUGCAGAUCACUAAAAGUACUAUUAAUCCUAUGGAUGCAAUACAUCAGCCUAGUCCCUUGGAACCUGUGAUCAACACAGUGCCCUCCCAGACUGUCUUACCUCCAGAACCCUCUCAGAUGUGUAAGUCAGAGCAGCGUUCAUCUACUCUACCAGUUGGACCUGUAUUAGCUACUACCUUGGGACAUCAUCAGACUCCAACACCAAAUAGUACAGGCAGGGGGCACUCACCAACUAGUAGCAGUCUAACUUCUCCAAGCCAUGCCAACUUGUCUCCAAACACAGUCCCAGAGUUCUCUUAUUCUAGCAGUGAAGAUGAAUUCUAUGAUGCGGAUGAAUUCCAUCAGAGUGGCCCAUCCCCAGAGCACUUAAUAGAUUCCUCUGGUUCUGCGUCAGUCUUGACACACAGCAGCUCAGGAAAUAGUGUAAAGCGCCCAGAUACCACGGAAUCACUUAAUUCUUCCAUGUCCAAUGGAACAAGUGAUGCUGACCUUUUCUAUUCACAUGAUGAGAGAGAUGAUGAAGGGGAGGCAGGGUCGGUGGAAGAGCACAAGAGUGUUAUCGUGCAUCUGUUGUCACAGGUUAGGCUUGGAAUGGAUCUUACUAAGGUAGUUCUUCCAACAUUUACUCUAGAAAGAAGAUCUCUCUUAGAAAUGUAUGCAGACUUUUUUGCACAUCCGGACCUGUUUAUGAGUUAUUAGUGACCAGAAGGAUGCCAGAGACUGAAUGGUUCAGGUUGAAAAAUGGUACCUCUCAGCCUUUCACGCAGGAAGGAAAGGAUCGGUUGCCAAAAAGCCAUACAACCCCAUUUGGGGUGAGAUCUUUCAGUG